AUGCUCUUCUCCGCCCUCCGUCAAGGCCUCGGCCUCACCGCUAUGAGGCCGACCAUGGCAUUCCUCUCCUCCACCCAGCCCGCCGCCGCCGUCUCCGUCUUCAGCCGCGGAAUGAAAGUCCGAUCAUCGGUGAAGAAGAUGUGUACGGGUUGCGCGAGUGUGAAGCGGAAGGGCAGGCUUUAUAUUAUUUGCAGCAAGAACCCCAAGCACAAGCAAAGACAGGGAUAA